AUGCUGUACAUGCAACUGGCCAUCGACAGAGCCAUGGCUGAAGCCAAACUCUGUGAGGAGAAACAGCAGGAGACUACAAACGCAGCCAAAGUGAUCCUGGAAGAUGCCCAGAAGGAAUGCGCUUCUAGAUUGGCCUGGGCUAAAAAUACAAAAGACCCUCGGAUUGCAGUAGGUUCUUACUCCCCACUAGAAAAGAAGAUUGAGUACUUAGGUGGCAUCUAUUCUUCAGAUGUGAGAAAGCUGAUAUUCCAAGAAUUGAAGAAGGAGACUGAAGCAGUUGAUAAACUCAAGGCUGUGUCUUUUGACUCCCAAAGUGCUAAAGCAGAAACCUACUACUAUAAGCUUCAGGAAAGGAUGAUGGAGCAAAUGUGGAACCAGACAACAGAGCCAGAAUGGGAAAUGAAAAUAGAGGAAGAGGAGAAAUCACAAGGUGAGAAGUCUGAAGAUGAUGAAAAAUGGGAUUAUCUAGUGCCUGAAAGGGAACUGAAUCAUAUAGAGAAACACAUACACCGAGCUGAACGAGCUAGAGGCCUCCGAGACUACAAAUACAAACUAAUCCCUCAAAAAAUUCCAAGUGAAAUGCUUUUCCCCAAAAUAACACCAUAUAAUGAAGAAAGAGAAAAAGUCCAGCACAUAUACAAAAGAGAAACAAAAAAGCCCAAGGUAGCAUGGGCAAAGGAACAGAUAAAGAAACAUCAAGAACGAAUGAUUCGAGGGAGAAAACUCACCAAGCAGAGAAAUGAUGAAAGAGAUGCCCAGAAACUCUCAGGCUAUGUUCCUCUUCUCCUAAAACCUCAAGUGAAGAAGGUGAAGGAGGAGUUUGAAAGGGUCACGGCAUAUCCCAUCCUCCAGCCUAAACAGAAACCACGUAUAGAAGUGACUAUUCUGAUGAAAAAAUCCAAAGAGGUAAAAAUUCAAAAACCACUCCAAAGGGAGUUCUUGGUGGUGCCACCAUUCUUAAGAAGUCAACUAAGGAAGAAGAAAAGUAUAGACCGCGGGGGCAUGGCCCAAGUGGAAAAAGGCUCGCCUAAUAAUCAAGAGGUCCCAAGUCCAAACCCCAGUACCACCAGAAACAAAAGAAAAAAUAAUGAAGCUUAAAUUAUUUUCUGGAUUAUCCUAUUUCUUGUUAAGGCUAACAUCUUUUAUAGUAAUCAGCACAGUGGGAAAUCACUAAUAAAUUGAUAAAUGGCUUAGAAGAGGUUGGAAAGAGAAGAGACAGAAAGCAGUAGACCACCAGAUAGAGGUCUGUGGCAGUAAGAUAGAGAAAACUAAGGCCAGGGAGAAAUCAGUGACUGGUUAAGGUACAGGGUACAGUGGUUGUGGGGUAAGAAAAUAAUAUCCUAGGUUUCUGUCUGAAGAAAUAAUGUGCUAAAGCAUCAGCACGGAUUAUAAGAUCUAGGGAGCAGCUUUAUACCUUUGGCUAAAAUACCUCAUAAGGACUCCAAGAAGCAAUUGUUGACAUAUAGCUUGCUUUCCAAGCACCAAAUACAGUUUUGAGAUUGUUACAAAUACAAAAAUCAAGAGGCUAGGACUCUAAAAAGAAUUAGAGAGCAAAAAAGACAGACAUCAAAGAUGUAGUUUCAAGACAGAAAUUUUACAUGUCAAAUGCACACGUGGCAUUUAUCCAUUGGAGUUCAUUUGGAAAAGACUUGAUUAAAGUGACCUAAUACAGACUCAUUGGGUACACUGGGGGAAACAAGGUGUCACUCUGACAUGGUUUGAAAAGAGGUAGAAGAGAUUACAAGUGAGUCUUAUUU